UUUCUUUUUCUCGUGCUUAUGUUUAUGUAUUCUUUUAAAUUAUUAUUUUGUAAUUUAGUAUAAGAGAUAAUGCUUUUGUUGUACAAGUUAUAGUUACUUAACACAAAAUGGCAGGUGUACUGUUUGAAGAUAUAUUUAAUGUUAAAGAUAUGGACCCGGAAGGGAAGAAAUUCGAUCGAGUGAGCCGACUUCACUGCGAGUCUGAAUCGUUUAAAAUGGACCUUAUUUUGGAUAUAAAUUCGUGGAUAUACCCUAUGGAAUUGGGUGACAAGUUUAGAUUAGUGCUUGCCACAACUCUCAGAGAGGAUGGUUACCCCGACGGUGGAGAAUGGAACCCACUGGAAACGGAGGGAAACCGCGCGGAUAGUUUUGAAUAUGUCAUGUCCGGCAAAGUUUAUAGGAUAGAAGGUGAUGAAGCAGCCAUGGAACCGGCUUCGCGGUUAGCUGCAUAUGUCUCAUUUGGUGGUCUCCUCAUGAGGCUACAAGGGGAUGCUAACAAUCUCCACGGAUUUGAGGUUGAUCAGCACAUGUACUUGUUGAUGAAGAAGCUAGCUUUCUAAAUAAACUGUUUUGUAAUAUAAUAACUAUUUUUACAGUUUAAAACUUUUCAGUUCAUAUUUGACUAAUACUGUGUUCAGAGGACAAAACCAAAUUCAAUCACAUCAUCAAGGAUAACUAGGUCAAAUCAUGAUCAAAUUUAUUUAUAGGGCAUCAUAUGAGAAGUAAUAGCUUUCAAACAAAAAAGUAAUCAUCAAAAUCGUUAUACCUAGAAAAAAGUUAGGUAAAAGGUAAAAUAUAGCCAAAUUGUUAACCUCCUUUUUAAUGUUGAAUAUGAUUGUAAUAAUAAUUAACUAUCCUGGUAUUUGGAAUAAAAUUCUAUUAUUUUUUA